AUGCGACAGAAAAGGUUCCUUUUGGCCCUCCUUGUGUUUGCAUUUCUCGCCGCCUGCUUGUGGCUAGGUGGAGAGAGAGCAUUGCCGUUGGCCGCCCGACUGCCAGAGCUUCCGUAUGCGCUGAAUGGGUUAUGGCGCGACGAGACGGCCCAGCUGCACGAGGUUGCGGAUCUCAUGCUGAAGAUCUACGAGACGCUCGCCCGGAUGCGCUAUAUCGAUCCCUCGGCAAUCGAGCGUGGCCCACAUAAUGUCACGGAGCUACUCCCGCUGUAUGAAACGCUGGGCCUGGACUCGUCCGUCAUCUAUCUCUACAGCAUUCUCCCGUAUAUCAACCCCAUAGUCGCUGGGCGGAGGGACUUUUUCCACGGCGGCCAGUUUGCCGACUUUCGUGACCCGGAGCAGGUGGAGCAAGGCCGCGACCCGUUCUACGCAAAUCCUGAAGACAAUGACGGGGACUUCGACGCGGAGAACGGACCGUACAUGCGGCCGUGGAUGACACCCCUGUCGCAGCUGGGGAACCACGAGAGUGUUAUCUUGUACGACGCCCGGAAACAUCGGGUCUGGAUCAUUGAUCAAGAAUCGUGGGCGAGCACCGAUCUUGCGCUGGAGGGAGUGGAAGACGGCAAGCCGAGGAGUCAUAAUGAGAAUAGCUUCGAGCAUAUUCCUAGUCGGCCCGCCGGGGCGGUGUUGCGCGAUAUCAACAACUGGUAUCUUUCUCUGCAAGAGGUGCCUGGGGGCGGCGAACAGUCCGAUGCGUCAUGGGGUAAUUGGCCGCUGAAUCUGACGGCCCUGUACCGGGCUCAUGGCUGGCCAGAUGAUUUCGACGGCGAUGCCUUUGGAGUCAGUCAGGCACGGGCCUAUGCUGCCUGGAAUGCCAAAAUAGAUUCCGAGGAACCGCUGAGAAAAGUAGAGUCACUGGCGCGCUGGGAGAAGGCGUUAGAUGACCAGCGCGUGAAACAACUUGGCGCGUCGGCUACGGCCAACACUCCAGAUGAGAAAUGGGCUGCCAAUUUCGAGCUAUGGAAGAUCGACCGCAAGAUGGCCUUGAACCAGCGAGCCCUUGAAGAGGCACGGCAAGAAGUAGACAGGCGGUGUCCUGGAGGAGCAUGCCAGAAGAAGGAAGACCUGCCGCUGUGGGAGCUGAAAGCGCUGCGUCCUGAGCUCCAAUCAAAACAGUCCGAAUUGGCAUACCUCCAGGACAGCGAUGAUGGCCCAGACCUUUUCAAACCCGGAUUACGCCAAGCGGAGAUGGAGGCCAUCGCAUAUCAGAAGGCGCUUGAAGCUGCCACGGCCGAUGCAGAGCGCUUGUGUCCCGGUAGAAGCCUACAGCUGGCCCCGGGGAGCGGCAGACAGCAGGUAGACAGGAUUGUAUCUCUGCAGGGAGAGUUAGAUGCGUUCAGAGAGUGGGCGGUGCAGCUGCCGAGUGAGGCUCAGAAAACCCGGGAGAUGGUAGACUCCGACAUCCACCAAUUCGAAGAGAGCCUUCGAUUCGAGCAGAGCAGACGGCAGAAGGAGUCGAAUACCGCAGCCUGA